AUGUCAUCAAUGAAAAAGUUUGGUUCUCCAUUUGAUAGUGUUGAUUCUAUAGUUAAUUUUUUACGAGAACCUUCAUCAUCAGAAGUAGUUUUAUCAUCAACUACUUCAUCAACGAUAGAUUCUACUAAUGUAAAUAGUGGAUCAAAGUCAAUAAAAGGACGAAAAAAGGAAAAAGGACAAGCGAAUAUCAUGAAUACAACAGGAAUAAAUUUAAAACAACCGAUAGAAAUGUUACCUACGGGUCGUGUCAGAUACGGCCCAAUAACUGUUAAUCCUCGUAAACAACCAUCGAAAACAUUAUUUACAGGUCGUCGUUCAAAAUAUGAAAUAUUAUCAAAUGAUGACGAUGAAAAACGUCGUUUAAGACGUGACCGUAAUCGUGUUGCAGCAACAAAAUGUCGUGAAAAACGUGAAAAUAUUUUAACUCAUCUUCAAAAUGAAUAUGAUAAAGAAUUAAAUAAUCAUGCAAAUUUUUUAAAAACUAUUGAUCAAUUAAACACAAAAAAACAACAUCUUGAAUCUAUGUUUUCAAAUCAUGUUGUAAAUUGUCAAUUAAAACAAAUCAAUACAAUAAUACCACAACAACCAUCAAUGGUUUUUGGUGAUACAAAUUUUCUUUCAUCAAUUGGUGAAACAUCACCACCACCACUUCGUUCUUAUCAAAUACAAAAUAUUCAAAAUGAUGAAGAAGAUUUUAAUCAUUUUCUUCAACCAGCAUCUCUUUUAACAAAUUCAGCUUAUAAUAAUGAUCAAUCAAAUUAUAUUUUAAAUUCCGAACAACAAGCAAUCCAAAUGACUUCAAGUAGUCUCGAUCGACUGAUGAAUAGUCUACAAUCUCCAACACCAUAUAUUGAUAAUAAUAAUAAUAAUUGUUCAGGUUUAUACAAUUCAGCAUUUGGUUCAUCAACUUGUGCUAAACAACAUUCAAGCUCAAGUGAAGAUGAUUCAUUACCAUCAACCCAUAAAAAUUCUUUUGUAUGUUAA